CAUGAAGAUCCAACCUUGGAAUUUUCAAAGUUCAGAGCUCAGCGUUUUGCCUGAUUCAGUGAUUGACAUGAUGAGCGACAGCCUAGCUGCUGUGCUUUACAAGGUCCCUAGGGAGCAGGGGGCAAGGUCGUCGCUUUCAAUCGCACGAGGAAGCUGGUAUAGGUAGCUCGUAGGAGCGGCUCUAGGGCGGCUGCGAGCCAGCUUUGGGCAAGAGCUUCAAGUCGACUGCAGAGGUUGUUUGUUGGACCGACAUUUGUGGGGUCCUCGACAGGGGAGUCCUCGCCAUUGAAAGAACCGCUGACGAAGCCAGAUAAACCCUGGGGAUGGUCGAGUAGGAUAGUGCAGAACAACUCCAAGGGCGUUUUGCCUUUAGCUUAGCAGUCUCCUAUUUUGUUGUCUUUCAAGUCCCAAGUCUCCCCUUUAGCAUUCUCCUAUCUCGGAGCUUUUUAUCUCUAAGAGAAGUCUAGGAGGCGAGCCACUGAGGACAGGAAGCGGUUCCAUGGGGCUGCAGCAGGUGCCGCUUUGGGUGACGCUGCUCCUCACAACCCUCCUGCUAGUUGCACAGGGGCACGCCCUUCCCCGGGAGCUGCGGGCCCCUGAUGGACGAAAGUUGCAGCAGACAGGCAUAGGGCUUGUCUGGCUGGGCACAGCGCCCUUUUGCAUCCCCUUCUCGGAAGUGAUGCAGGCGUGUGCGCAGCAGGGGCUCACGUUCGUUAGGGCAGACCCCCGGGGUGACGGUGCGAUUUGUGUGACAGGACAAAAAGUCCUCUGCAGCGGCAACUUAUCCCCCCCCACACCAGCUCCCGGUUUACUCGUCCCCCCCGCGCCUGCCCCCGCCCCUAUCCGAACCCCCUUCUUCGGUUUUCUGCCAUCGUUGAUCCCCGCACCGGUCCCCGCCCCCGCUCCUGCCCCAGUUCCUGCCCCCGUCCCUGCCCCCGCUCCCCUAAACUUCACCCUGAGCAUUGUGCCUUACGCAUUGCCCCCAGCCCCCGUGCCGGCUCCGGUUCCGGCUCCCGCCCCAGCGCCCCUGAUUGCUCCAAAUCCUGCCCCCGCGCCCGCGCCUGGUCCCUCCGAUUUUGCUCCAAUUCCAGCGCCAGCUCCUUUGGAGCCAACGCCUGCUCCCGCGCCGCAGUCAACCAACGGUCUAAUAGGGCCCAGUCUGCUGACGCCACCUCCUGCAACGGGGACGCCGGCCCCGGUGGUUGUGGCUUCCCCCCCGUUGCAAAGCACGACGCCUAGUUCGGCAACGACGGGGGCCAGUCCGACUGUGGUGGCGUCUUUGCAAACGAUCGUGGGGAGCGACGCGGCUCGCGGGCCAGGCGUUGUGUGGACACUAGUGUUUGGGUUGGCUGCGCUAGUCUACAUUUUGUAGGCAGAUUGGCCGUUGCAGGGGUUGGUACCUGAGAAGGUUUACGGUGGUGUUGGUCGUGAGCACAAUAGUGGACCUCAAGCGAGGGGGGUGGAUCUCUGAGGCACAAAAGAGCUCAGUCUUUGAGCUUACAUAGGAUGUAGAUGAGGUUACCCAAUCUUGAGGCGAGAUGUAUUAUAAACAGGCUGCGAAGCCUCGGACAAGCACGGCCCAUUUGCUCAUCGACCCUCUUUCUGUUACUGGAUAAUCGAUAGCUAUGAUAGUGCUCGCUUAGUUCUAGGCUUACUGCAGUAUGGUGGUUGUACCAUACACAAGAAUUGGAAGCCUAGCCAUCAGAACGGUGGAUACAGGACCUGGUGUGGAGCUUCAGAAGUCCGUUCCAAGGAAGCUAUUAAUGUUGUCAAUCAAGUGGUUUGAGGCGUGUCACAGUGCAGGCUUGCUUGAAGUGCCGUGCGGUUAGCUUAAUUUUAGUAUCAGCUUCAGAACCCGCUAGCUUUCAGGUGCAGCCUGAGAACAUGAAUGCCGUUCCUUUGGUCCUGAUAACUGCAAACUUCUUUCGAGAGAAUUGCGACUGCACCAUAUGUUCAUGC